CAAGAGGGGACGUGGGGUUGGGAGGGACGCAGCCAUAGGCUCCCCCCACAUGCCGCCUCUUCCACCUCCUCCUCUCGGGGCAGGGCGGGGACUAGAAGCCCCGCUGGCCAGGCAAAGAGUGCGGAGCAGCUGCGGCGGGGCGGACGGCGAGGGUCCCAGUCGCCCCAUGGCCCCGCUGCUGUUGGCGCUGGCUGCUGCCUCCUUGGCUUGGUCCUGCGCGGCCGCUCCGUCGGGGAGCCGCUUCUCAGAGGCUCGGGUGGCGCGCUGGGCGGCGGCAGCGCUUCGGCACGUGGCGGCGGCGCAGUGUCCUGAGCGCGGCGGGCUUUUGCCGCGGCCGCAGUGCCAGCGCCUGGCGCGGCUCUCCCAAGGGCCCGGGCCCGCCGUCUACGUCUCCGAGCCCGCCCGGCCAGGCCACAAGGUGCGAGCGCUCCUGCCCGACGGUUGGGGAGAUAGGCCCAGCGCGCCCCUAGUUUCCAGCCGCAACCAUAGCGCCAGCCAGCAGCGUUUGGUCGUCGCGCCCUGGGCGCAAGACGCCAUCCUAGUGCUGGACCCCACCCCUGGCGCCAACUUCGGUCACCCCCUGCUGCUGUUCUAUGUCGACUUCAGCGUCAGCCCGCGUCGAUGCCGGAGCCGUGACAGCCUCUACCUGGGCAGCUACGAAUGCUUGACUCCGGCCCAGAGGAGCCGCUGUGAGAACCAACUGAAGCGCAGGCCGGGACGUGGGAAGGGAAGGAGCCAGCGGUCUGCAGCACGCAUUCGCCGCGAGGAACCCCCAGUUGGUCUCUGUGAGAUCCAUUUUCUGCCCAUGGUGGUGGUGGCUCAGGACCUGAAACAUCUCCAGAAGUUGCACUGCAUGGAUCUCCGUGGAUACAGCCCAUGCCCUGAGCCUCUGCCCCUCAUUAGCUCCAGUUCCACGGCCGCUUACUGCGAGCUCAAUAAGAACACUCGGCGGUGCCAUCGCCAGCAGCUUCCAAUGUACAAGUCAUGCCGCAUGUAUCAGACAUGUGAUCAUGCUGUGCUGAUUGCAGGUGGCUGGCAGGAGCAAGUCACCUACCCCCACCAUGCCCAGAACCUGCUGCUUUUCUACCAGAUGCUUCGACGGAACGGCUUCCGCCAAGAGCACAUCAAGGCCUUCUUUGCGAGUGAAGGGCAGGCCUCAGUGACUGGGGAGAUGGGUGACGUGCACCCAGCCACAGAGAAGGCAGCGAUACGUUCCCACCUAGCCCUGGUCUGUCGGAGCCUGCACUGUGCUGACUCACUGGUUCUCUACCUCAACAGCCCAGCAGCCAGCGACGGCACCAUGCUGCUGUGGGAUGCCAACCAAAAUGGCAUUGCUGAUCCUAAAGAGCGGUACCCCAUCUCAGAGUUCCUGGCAGACUUGGAAAGCUGCAAUGCUCGCAGGGUUCUUCUCUUCCUUGACCAGAGCUACCCAGGGCCAUUGAUGAAGAAGCUAAGGGCAUCACAGCGCCAUCCCAAUGUGGUGCUAGUACGUAGCACUACCACUAAUGGUGGGUCAGCUUUUGCUGAGUUCUGGGCAGGUCUACAGCCUGACCAAUGUCUGCUCCAGCAUAUGUUGCCGGUGGGUCCAUGGUCUGCGGUCUUGUCCUCUGGCACCCCAGCCCAACUACUCAAUGUAACAUUAGCAGGAGCACCCUGCCAUUCUGUGCCACCCCUGGGUGAGGAGGAGCGCCAGCGUCGCUAUCAGGGCUGUCAGAAUCUUCCCACCAUGUUGUGGUACCAGAGCAGGCACCAUCAGUUGCAGCAGGAGGAUGACUGAGCCUCAGUGGGGCACUGCCCUGAAGAUCAGAACCCCGUGGACACUCCCCCCCCCGGAGGUUCUCAGCUUCAGGGGAGAUGGGUGGCAACGGGUUGGCAUGGAGCUAUUGUUGCACAUUAGCAAACCACUGCACUGGACUCUCAAAAGCCAUUUCCAGCAGCAAAGCCUGGAUUUUGCAUUUUCUGGCCAUCUAUGGAGGCAGUAGGGUGGCAACCCUUAAGCUAGUAGGGCAAAGUGUCACAGAAGUAUGGGAAGGGGAAGUGGGUACCCCACCCCCUCUACUGCACUCACUGUGCUGCCAUCCCUGUGUAUGGCAGUUUCCCCCCUUUCACUUGGGAGCUAGAAUUGCAAGACUUGUGUGUCACUUCUCUUCCUCCCCAUCCCAAUAUAAACCCUCUGGUGAGACACAGGUACUGGUUGGGGACAUGCUGUAAAACAACCAACCCCUUGAAUAAACGGCCACUGUUCUUGGCUUCCUCCUUCAGUUGCUGUUUUUAAUUGUCAUGGUAGCUUGUUGGAGUGGGAAGCAAUAAAAUUGUGAAGUCUGUCUGUUGCUGCAAAGAUGAAGCAUCUUGGCUGAACUGGCCAGAACUAGGGAUUAGAUCCUUCUACGUCUAUGUCAACUCCAUCAAACGCUGGACACGUAAAUCAUUCAUAUAUUUGGCCAAUGCCAUCCUUGUUUGCCCACUCAGCCCAAGACUGCCUGAAACUGAAUAGCAUUGCAACAGGAACAGCAUUAACCAUUAGAUCCCCCUGCCAGCCACCUCCAUAGAGCCACCAAACAGAAAAGCAGCUGCUUGGAUUGAGAGGUCAUUCCUUAUUCUAUGCCAUGCUCUUCAGUUCUACCUGCUAUGAAUUAUUCCAGGUCUCCACUUGUUAUUUUACAUGUUUUAAAUGUAAACAAUCAGUGAGUGUAUGGCCCCCUCAGUGGCCUUGUAAUGUGCCCCCCCCAAUCAGACUUCCAUCUGCCUCAGCCAGAAUGAUCAAUGGUCAGGGGUGAUGGGACGUGUAGUUCUGCGACAUCUGGAAGGUCACAGGGUUCCCUAUCCCUAUUCUAGUCCUUCUCUGAAGAUGAAACUGAAAACACUGGACCCAUGGAUCUGAAAACACUUUUGAGAGUUUAUGAAAGUUAAAACAGACACCUCAAAAUCAGAACUUACAAAAACACACAGCCAUUCUCCAGACUUCCUCUGCGAUUGUAUCCAAAUUGCAGGCAACGCUCCCACAUGCCCUCUACCCCCCAUUC